GUACCUCGCAGGGGACAUCUUUGGAAUCUGUCCUCCCCUCCUAACGCCAGGUUAAAAACCUCAGCAGCACGUGCUGUUUGCAAAACUGCCUGCCACCGACGCCCCAGAGUUAGAGACCUUACUCACGAAGGGAGCCAGCAUGUCAGCUACGGUCCUGGGGAACGGAAGCUCUGGCGAGAAACUCUCCUACGCACAGGAAACAAGCUAUAUUGAAGACAACUCCAAUCAAAAUGGUGCCAUAUCUCUGAUCUUCUCACUCAAAGAAGAAGUUGGUGCCCUGGCCAAAGUCUUGCGCUUAUUUGAGGAGAAUGAUAUAAACCUGACCCACAUUGAAUCCAGACCUUCACGUUUAAAGAAAGAUGAGUAUGAAUUUUUUACCUAUCUGGAUAAAGGUAGCAUGCCUGUCCUGCCAAACAUCAUCAAGAUCUUGAGGCAUGACAUCGGUGCCACUGUCCAUGAGCUUUCCCGAGAUAAGACAGAAGACACAGUGCCCUGGUUCCCAAGAACCAUUCAAGAGCUCGACAAAUUUGCCAAUCAGAUUCUCAGCUAUGGAGCGGAACUGGAUGCAGACCAUCCUGGUUUUAAAGAUCCUGUGUAUCGAGCCAGACGAAAGCAGUUUGCUGACAUUGCCUACAACUACCGACAUGGUCAGCCCAUACCUCAAGUGGAAUACACGGAGGAAGAAAAGAAUACAUGGGGGAUGGUAUUCAGGACCCUGAAGUCCUUGUAUAAAACCCAUGCUUGCUACGAGCACAAUCACAUCUUCCCACUUCUGGAAAAGUACUGUGGCUUCCGCGAAGAUAACAUUCCCCAGCUGGAAGAGGUUUCUCAAUUUCUGCAGACUUGCACUGGAUUCCGCCUCCGACCUGUGGCUGGCCUACUUUCCUCUCGGGAUUUCUUGGGUGGCCUGGCCUUCCGAGUUUUCCACUGCACUCAGUACAUCAGACAUGGGUCCAAACCCAUGUAUACCCCUGAACCUGACAUCUGCCAUGAGUUGUUGGGACACGUGCCCUUGUUUUCAGAUCGCAGCUUUGCCCAGUUUUCCCAGGAAAUUGGCCUUGCCUCUCUGGGUGCACCUGAUGAGUACAUUGAGAAACUUGCCACAAUUUACUGGUUUACUGUGGAGUUUGGCCUCUGCAAACAAGGAGACUCCAUAAAGGUGUAUGGUGCUGGGCUCCUGUCAUCUUUUGGUGAAUUACAGUACUGCUUGUCUGGCAAGCCAAAGCUCCUCCCCCUGGAGCUGGAGAAGACAGCCAUCCAGGAGUACACCGUCACAGAGUUCCAGCCCCUGUAUUAUGUGGCUGAGAGUUUUAAUGAUGCAAAGGAGAAAGUGAGGAACUUUGCUGCUACAAUCCCACGGCCCUUCUCAGUUUGUUAUGACCCAUACACUCAAAGGAUUGAGGUCUUGGACAAUACACAGCAACUUAAGAUUUUGGCCGACUCCAUCAAUAGUGAAAUUGGAAUCCUUUGUAGUGCCCUCCAGAAAAUAAAGUGAAACCAUGGACAAAACCUGUCAACUGAGAAUCUGUUGCUGGAAAUCUAACUACUUUCAUUUCAUCUGAAAAAGUUUGAAAAGCAAACCUUAAUUUGAAUUGACAGCCUUAAAUGCUUUUUGGAACAAGAUGGAGGAUGAACAAAUAAAUCAAAAUAACUUGAAAUUACAUCAUAUUAAUACAUACCCCAAAGCAUAAUCUUUUGGGGUCAUCUUUGAUUUAGAGAUGGUAAUCCUGUGCUCUCAAUUCAGUUAAAAUCAAUAAUCUGUCACAUUUCUUCAAAGUUAAUUAAAAUUGGGACCUGAUUUAUUCAAGCUUCAUAUAUGUUUUUGUUAUUUGCCAUAGAGAAUUCCUAAAAGAAUAUAUAUCACUCAAUGUAAAACACAAGCUUGUCAUUAGAAUUGAACUUGUUGAUUUAGUAUAAAUCUUAACCUACAAAAGUCAUUUUCUAUUUCAGUAAACUGUGAUUCUAAUUAUUGUGUUUUACCCAUGUAGAUUUCCUUUAAUUCAAGAGCCCAUUAAAAUAGUUACAAAGGUUGAAGUUCAUAGCAUAAUAUUGAAGCAUUUCUGUAUAUUUUAUUGUAAUCAUAAAUACUGCCAUGGAAAGUAAUAUAA